AUGAGUAAUAGGCUGGGGAAUUUCCGGGCCAUCUACCUUGCCGCGCUAUGCUGCAUCGGGUCGUUUCUCUUUGCGUAUGACACUGGCAUUGUCGGUGGUGUCUUGACGCUAGAGGCGUUUGAGAAUGACUUUCGCUAUACCACGGCUCAAGCCACAAAUAUUAACUCCAAUUGUGUAUCCAUUCUUCAAGCCGGUGCCUUUUUUGGGUGUUUCCUAAUAUGGCCGAUCACUGAGCGCUUCGGGCGUCGACUCGCGAUAAUGGGGAGCUCCUUGGUGUUUUGUCUGGGAGGAAUUUUACAAGUGGUGAAUACACACUCUAUUGGUGCUUUCUAUGCAGGGAGGGUGAUUUCCGGCUUUGGCGUCGGCGCAGCGACGGUGUUGGUGCCCAUGUUUUCAGCGGAGAUGUCGCCCAAGAGUAUGCGAGGAACAUUGGGAUCAUUCUUUCAACUUUUCUUUUCUCUUGGUGUUUGUGUUAGUUACUGGGUCAACUACGGAGUCCAACAACAUAUUGCACCAAGUACGAUCCAAUGGCAGAUUCCCAUCGGACUACAGCUUGUUCCUGGCGGGCUUAUCGGACUCGGUAUGCUGCUAGUCAAAGAAUCGGUACGAUGGCUCGCCAAGAAGGGCCGCAACGACGAAGCUCUCGAAAAUUUGAUAUGGAUCCGGGGUGGUGACGCCCCAGAGGUACGCGCUGAGUUCGAGGAGAUCUUAGCAGGCCUGGAGGAAGAAUUCAGGGCAACCGAAGGUGUAACCUGGAAGGAACUUCUCCUUCCAGCAAACCGGUUUCGAGUGUUUGUUAUUAUCACCAUGCAGCUAGGCGUUCAGCUGACGGGAAAUACCUCUCUGGCAUACUAUGCGCCGCAGAUCUUCAAGUCAGUCGGCGCGGGAAAUUCCUCCCUUCUUGUUACUGGAUUUUUUGGAGUGGUCAAAGUCUGCGCUGUCUCUAUUUUUUCGAUUUUUGUUGUUAGUCGAAUUGGUCGGAAAACGGCAUUCAUGGGCGGCGCGGCAGCCAUGGGCUGUUUCAUGCUUGCGAUAGCGAUAAUCGUCGCUAAAGAACCUCCGUCAACAACAGGAGGCGUCAGCCACGCUGGGAUUGCUGCAAUUGCGAUGGUCUACUGUGAAUCCAGUGCGUACAACAUGUCGUGGGGCCCCGUGUCGUGGCUGUAUCUCGGCGAGAUAUUUCCCACGCGGAUUCGAGAGUUCGGAAUCGCCAUUGGUGCAGCCUCACAAUGGCUGUUCAAUUUCAUGCUGUCUGAAAUUACUCCGCAUGCAAUCAGCAAUAUCCACUGGAGGAUGUUUCUGAUGUUUUCUAUUUUUAACUACUCGCUGGUGGUAUAUGCAUUUUUUGUACUGCGUGAGACAUCGGGUAAGUCCCUCGAAGAGAUGGAGGAAGUUUUUGGAUCCGCGCAAACUGCAGUGGACUCCGAGGCCAUUCGAGCAAAAGUAGAGCGGUCCCAAGCCGAACACAUGGAAGAAAAGUCUUGA